GAGAGAAAAGACAAAAAACCCUAGCUUUGCAGUGCGAGAGAUUCAGCUGUACAACUCGACACGAAGAUCAGGGCUCUCUCGUCUCUCGUCUCUCGUCUCUCGUCUCUCGUCCUUGAGCUUCUGGUCUUCGGCAAUGGCGACUGGGAAAACUGUUAAAGAUGUCUCACCUCACGAUUUCGUAAAGGCAUAUGCUUCUCACCUCAAACGAUCUGGCAAGAUUGAACUUCCUCCAUGGACGGAUAUUGUGAAGACCGGUACUCUGAAGGAGCUUGCCCCUUAUGACCCGGAUUGGUACUACAUCCGAGCUGCAUCUAUGGCAAGGAAGAUCUAUCUUAGGGGAGGUCUCGGUGUUGGUGCUUUCCAAAGAAUUUAUGGCGGUAGCAAGAGGAAUGGAAGCCGCCCACCACACUUUGGUAAGAGCAGUGGUGCGAUAGCCCGCCACAUUCUUCAGCAGUUGCAGAACAUGAACAUUGUUGAGCUCGACACAAAAGGUGGAAGAAGAAUCACUUCCAGCGGUCAACGGGAUUUGGACCAGGUUGCUGGCCGCACUGUGGUUGCACCUUGAUGGUCUGAACGUUCUCUUCCUCUAUUAUACUACGGAUUGCAAGGCCUUAGUUACUGUAGAAACUAUCCUCAUCUUCUUCACUCAGAAUGUUCAGAGUUUUUGGGUUUUGGGGUGUUUUAAAGUUUACUCUUUUAUGUUUUUGUUCUUCACGAACGAACCCUUUUGGCAUUCUAUGAUAUUGGAAGUUUUGGCAUCAAUGGAGAUCUUGUA